CUGACUCUCAUUCAGAGGCAGGGGUGGAUUUCAUCCCGCUGCUUUCUCCUCGUUUGAGACUAUGGACGAGUAAUGGGUGCCACUUCGGCGUGGGGUCAUGGAAAUAAUGAAAGGUCACUGUCCAGAGCCUUUAACUGAACUCUGAAUAAGUAGAAACAGCCUUAUUUUUGAGUUAUAGAUGGUCUAACAGUAGUUAUACUGAGGCUGAUUUUCCAGGAGCAAGGUUUUUGUGUAUGUGUGUGUUUUUCGGAUCUAUCGGAUACAAAAUCAUGGGGAACGCAGCAGGAAGCAUGGAGGUCCCCCACGCGAAGGAGGGCAAGGUGGUGUCGGCCCCUCCAGGCUCCACGGGCCCCCAGAAACAAGCCGCGGGGCCAAAACUCCCGUUGCCACCUGAAGACGAGCUGGAGGAGCGCUUCAGUGCGGUGCUGAACACGAUGAAUCUUCCUCCAGACAAGGUGAAGAUCCUCAGCCAGUACGACAACGAGAAAAAAUGGGACCUGAUCUGUGACCAGGAGAGGUUUCAAGUGAAGAAUCCACCGUCUGCAUAUUUGGAGAAGCUGAAGAGUUAUCUGGAUCAUGGAGGAGUCAGUCGAAAGGUAGAAUCCACGUCACACAUCUCAGUUUCAAGUCAUUUUCUGAAUAAUGAAGCGUCCACUGACCUCAUAACCACCUGCAUGUGUUUCUGUCAGUUUAAGAGACGUGUCCAAGAGUCCACUCAGAUCCUGAGAGAGCUGGAGAUUUCCCUGAGGACCAAUCACAUUGGCUGGGCUCAGGAGUUCCUCAACGAGGAAAACCAAGGCCUAGAUGUUCUUGUGGAUUAUCUGUCCUUCGCUCAUAGCGCUGUCACGUACGACACAGACACUCUGGACAACGGCCCGCUGCCCACAGACAAAAGCAAAACUAUGGACAAGUCAGCGGAAGAUCUGAGCAGAAGUGCCAGCAACUCCCCCUCUCACAGCGCCUCCAAGGCCGGCAAGGCCUUCACAGUCAGGAAAGCUGUGAGGAACUCGCGUGUCGUGAGCCAGAAAGACGAUGUUCACCUCUGCAUCAUGUGUUUACGUGCCAUCAUGAACUAUCAGUCUGGGUUCAACCUGGUGAUGAAGCACCCCUGCUGUGUCAAUGAGAUCACACUCAGCCUCAACAACAGAAACCCAAGGACGAAGGCGCUGGUGCUGGAGCUGCUGGCCGCCGUGUGUUUGGUAAGAGGAGGCCAUGACAUCAUUCUCUCCGCUUUCGACAACUUCAAAGAGGUGUGUGGAGAGAAAAGUCGAUUUGAGAAGCUCAUGGAGUUUUUCCGCAGUGAAGACAGCAACAUCGACUUCAUGGUGGCCUGUAUGCAGUUCAUCAACAUCGUGGUGCACUCAGUGGAAAACAUGAACUUCAGAGUGCACCUUCAGUACGAGUUCACUCGACACGGCCUGGAUGACUACCUGGAGAGGUUGAAGUUCACGGAGAGCGACAGACUGCUGGUGCAGAUUCAGGCCUACCUGGACAAUGUGUUUGAUGUGGGAGCUCUGCUGGAGGAUGCAGAAACGAAGAACGCUCUGCUGGAACACAUGGAGGAGCUGCAGGAACACAACACACAGCUGAGCAGCAGGCUUCAGGAGAGUGAGAGGGAGGCGAUGGAGAAAGUGUCAGAGUUGGAGAAGAAGCUCAUUCAGACCACAAAGGAGGUGGAGCUCCUAAAGGAGAGUCUGCGUGAGUCAUGCUCUCAGGUGACUCUGCUGCAGCAGCGGGAGCGAGAGAGAGAGCUUGAACGAGAGAGAGAGAGGGAAAGAGAGAGAGACAAGGACCGAUCCACCGAGGCCCUGAGGGAGCUGGAGGCCAAAGUCCAGGCUCUGGUGGAGCAGGGCCUCGUCCGGAUGGAGCGCUCCUCAUCUGGACACCUGGACGUUCAGGUGGUCCCCGUCAUCCAGGACGUGGUUCAGAAAGCUAAAGAUGAAGUAGAUACAGGAAAUGACCAUGAGGCCACUCCCACCUGCUCAGACUCGCCGCCACACCUAUCUGAAGCUGCUUUAGAGUCAGUGCCGGCGCAAGCUCCUCCUCCACCACCUCCUCCACCACCACCACCACCACCACCUCCUCCUCCUCCUCCAGGCUCAACUGCAGCUCCUCCUCCUCCUCCUCCUCCUCCUCCUGCAGCUCCACCCCCCCUGCUACCUCCUGGAGAUGGUGCGAUGCAGCUGCCAGGGGCAGAUGGGAGCUCAGGUCGUAAAAAAAAGAAUCCUAUUCAGACCAAAUACCGGAUGCCGCUGUUGAACUGGCAGGCCCUCAAAUCCAACCAGGUGGCAGGAACCAUCUUCAACGAGCUGGACGACGAGCACGUCUUAGAGGAGCUAAACAUGGCCACCUUUGAGGAGCAGUUCAAGACCAAGGCCCAGUCCGCCCCUGUAGACCCGGGCACCCUCAAGAUGAAACUGGCCCACAAGACCCCCAGUAAAGUUUCUCUAAUGGAGCCCAACAGGGCCAAAAACCUGGCCAUCACCCUGCGUAAGGAGGGAAUGGCUGCGUCUGACAUCUGCUGCGCCAUCGAGACGUACAACCAGAGAGCUCUGAGUCUGGACUUCCUCGAGCUGCUGGAGCGUUUCAUCCCCACAGAGUACGAGAUGAAGCUCAUCCACAACUACGAGUGCGAGGGCAGGCCCCUGGACGAGCUCAGCGAGGAGGACCGCUUCAUGGUGCGCUUCAGCAAGAUCCCGAGGCUCUCGCAGCGCAUCAGCACUCUCACCUUCAUGGGCAAUUUCCCUGAGAGUGUCCAGCUGAUACAGCCCCAACUCAACGCCAUCAUCGCCGCCUCGAUGUCGAUCAAAUCCUCCAGCAAACUGAAGAAAAUCCUUGAGAUCAUCUUAGCGUUUGGAAACUACAUGAACAGCAGCAAGCGAGGGGCAGCGUACGGCUUCCGCCUGCAGAGUUUAGACCUGCUGUUAGACACCAAAUCUACAGACCGUAAACAGACACUGCUUCACUUCAUCGUCAGCAUCAUCCAGGAGAAAUACCCAGAGCUGCAGUCCUUCUACACAGAGCUGCACUUCCUGGACAAGGCGUCACUCGUUUCUCUGGACAGUAUUGUGCAGGACGUGCGAGCUCUGGAGCGAGGCAUGGAGGUGACCAGGAGGGAGUUCUCUGUGGAGAAAGAAAAUCCUGUGCUGCAGACGUUUCUCAGCAGAAACACCGAGCUGCUCGACUCACUCACAGCCGAUGGAAAAACUGCACAGGACGUGUAUGACUCAGCUGUGGAGUACUUCGGAGAGAACUCUAAAACCACCCCUCCCUCGGUGUUCUUCCCUGUUUUUGUCAGAUUCAUCAAGGCCUACAAGCAAGCAGAGCAGGAAAAUGAGCAAAGGAGGAAACAUGUCCUGAACUGUGAAGCCCCCUUGACUCCACCCAAACCUGAAGUCAUGGAGAACAAGGUUUCCAUGACGCCCAGACUGCCCCAGAUGGAUCUGAUAGCAGAGCUGAAGAGGAGGCAGGUGUCUCCUCUGGUGAGGGAGGGGAAGGACGGAGCCAUCGAGGACAUCAUCACAGAUCUAAGGAAUCAGCCAUACAGACGGGCAGACGGCGGGCGGCGCAGCGCCAAGUGGAAACCAGGACAACAGCUGCACGUGUCCUCAGACAUCUCCCUGUGAAACCCACUGCAGAGCAGAGCAGACAGCACAAGCACAAGAGAUCAGACAUUUAACUCACUGUGGACACACACUCGUUGUCUCACGCAUGUUAACGAAUACAGAGGUGAAAAUGCAUGUUUCACAGAGAUGACGACACCCACAACAACAACAACACCUGACGACAAAGAGUUAAAAACAUGAGCUGAGAUAUUAUAAAUGAACUUUUCCCUCCAAACUCAACAUGAACACAAACCGUCUCUGUUCUGUUAAAGUACCUUUCUGAAUCAAGUUAAAGUAGAAAUGUUCUGAGUGAAUAUUAGCUGCACUUGAUGCUAAUGACACUGGAUGUCAUAAGAGCUGAUUAAGACAAUUAUAUGGAAGAAUGAGCCAUUCAGCUGAUACGUGACGAGAGCGCUUCAUUAACGCUGCUCAGAUCUUUCAGCCUCGGCUCAGAGUGAAGCUUCAAAGAGAAACUUUGACAGACAAACCUCUCAUGAAUCAUUUUUGAUAAGUUUUUUUUUUUUUUUUUUUUUUUUUUUUUAAAUGUUCACGACAUGAUUUUUUAAUUGGUUUUAUUUUAAAAGAGAAUAUUAAUUACAGCACCACCGUCCAUCUUACUGUCUGUUUCUGCAGUAGAUUAAAGAUCAAAAAUUAAGCUGAAGAUUUUUAAUAUAUUUAAAUUAUUUUUAAUACUGAG